UAAACAUCGUCGAUCAGAGGCGGCUCGAGUGCGCAUGUCCGAUCGAUUUCUCGGCACUCGGCAGUCCUGGAAACUAAAGAUGGCGCCCGCUAUGGAAGAAGCGCCGCCGUUGUUAUUCGCGUAAAUGUGACCCAAAGUCAGGCGAACAGCGCGCUUCCGUGGAUUUGAAGGCUCGUGGCCGGCGGGGAGAUGUGUGAGAGCUACGCGCGCUCGCUGAUGCGGGUGGCGGUGGCGCAGCUGUGCCAGGCGCUGGGCUGGGACGCGGUGCAGCUCUCCGCCUGCGAGCUUCUCUCCGAUGUGCUGGAGCGCUACCUGCAGCAGCUAGCCCGCGGCUGCCACCGCUACUCCGAGCUCUAUGGACGGACAGACCCUGGGCUGAGUGACAUUGAGCAGGCUUUCGGACUGAUGGGGGUGAGCGUGGCGGAGCUGGAAGACUACAUCAACAACCUGGAGCCCGUGGGGUUCUUCCACUCCAUCCCCCAGUUCCCUAUCAGCAAGAGCAGCGUGCUGCAGUUCCCCACCUCCACCUUUGACGCAGACGCCCGCAACGCUCUGCGCGGAGACAAGAGGGAAUACAUCCCAGAAUACCUCCCUCCCCUCGCCCCGCUCCACCAAGAUGAAGAGGAGGAGGAGCCAGUUCCUGCCGACAUGGGCACAUCUGCCGAGGCCAUGCAGGUCUCUCUUGGCGAAGAAGAGGACGGCGAGGAUGAAGAGAAUGACGAGAACUGGCUCGGCCCGCGUGGCUCAGAUAGCCCCAGACCCGAAGGUCUUUUACCUGCUGCCAAGCGUCCUCGCAUGGGCACCAAGCCGGGAAGCAGCCCCGAAUGGAGUUUUGAGCCUCGAGAACCACUCAUUAUACUCAACACCCAGCACAUGGCACGCUCCCCUUCCCCGACGCCACCCAUCGAAAUUCUUCGCCCUGCUGCGUUAACCCCAAUGCCAGGGCAAAAACCUAAACUGCCUUCCCUUUCUCCUGCUCGUCAGAAGAAUAAAUCACCCAAAAGAGUGAUUGGCUCCACCCCUCCUGCCAUUUCUGCUCGACCUUCUUCAGUGACUCCACCCAAGAGUGCACAGAAGGCAGGGAAAAGGUCUCCUGGGAGACCCAGAAGCCCCCGGAGCCCUCGGCCAGGGCCCACACAGUUAGGACGGGGAUGGAUGCUCCCUAACACAGAAGAGGUUUCGCAGGACGUCGAGCUCAAAGACGAGGCCAUCGAGGACUCUAUUGCGGCCGUUAUAGCCAGGGCGUGCGAGGGUGGAGUGGGUGUGCCCGACCCGUUCGCAUAUGACUCGGACUCAGACAGUGAUGGGCUUCCAAAGAGCCCGCCCAAACAUAUACCCAAACAUACGCUUGCACAACCAAAACUUCCACCUGUUCUUGGUGUGAAACACCCGCCCAUGAUGCACCCGCCAACGUCGCUCUCAGUCAUCCCGAACCGCUGGACCAUGGAUGACUCCAUAGAUGAGGUCAUUAGAAAGGCUAACCAGGGACCUCCUGCGCCCUGUCAAUCACCACAAGAGCCCGCCUACUUCUCCACCCCAUCAGAGUCUCCGCCCACCCCACCACCUCCAAUCCUCAACCCCCCACAGGAGCGAAAAGAUCCCGUGCCUUCGUCUCUCCUUAAGAAAAAACUUAAGAAAGAUAUCAAGACCAAACUGAAAAAGAAGGACAAGGAUAGGCUGAAAGAGAAAGGAAAAGACAAGAGCAAGAACAAAGAGAAAAACAAGGAGAAAAAGAGAGAGAAGGAACGAUGCCAGGGGGAUGAUGGAAAGGUUCACUGGACAGAGUUAGCCUUAGGAGCGGAGGAGAGAAGAGACGGUGUUGGCCUGAAGAAGGAAAAAGACAAGCACAAGGACAAGAAGAAAGAUAAAGAAAAGAGCAAGAAGGACAAAGAGAAAAGAGACAAGGGCAAGGAGAAGGGAGCAAAGGAAGAGAGGAGGCUGUCGCUUGUGGUCAAGGAAAGCGCGUCCGCUUCGCUACCUCUUUUCAGCCCUUCUGCCUGUCUGCGCGUUCCCUCGAUGCUUCCCCCUCUGCAACCCAUCCUCCCUGAAACACUGUUCCACCCCAAAGAGAUCAAGAGCAAGGAGAAGGACAAGAAGAAGGACAAAAAGGAGAAAAAGAAGAAGAAAGACAAGGAGAAGGAAAGAGAGAAGGAGAGGGAGAGGGAGCGGCCCAGGGAGAAGGAGGAGAAGAAGAAGGAGAAAGAGAAAGAGAAGAAAGAAAAAGUAAAAGAAAAAGAAAAGCCUAAAGUGGAGAAGCCUAGUUUAAUGGUCGAAGCCCCCGUGGUUCCACAGUCUCCCGUCAUACCCAGACUGAAGCUGAAAGUCGGAGCUGGACAGGACAAAAUCGUCAUCAGUAAGGUAACCCCUGACUUGGAACCUACCCCUACCCCUCCGCCUCCUCGGACGCCGGUGCCACGUUCCGGUCCCGGUGCUCGGAUGCGUUCUCCUCCUGCCCCUCCUCCUCCUGUUGCACCUCCACCUCCCCCACCACCUGUGUUGGUGCCUCCGCCUCCGGUGUUUCAGCCCCCAGCCAUCCAGGCUAAAGCACGCGGCUGCAGCGUCGUCACGGAGACCGUCAGCGCUUACGUGAUUCGUGAUGAGUGGGGUAAUCAGAUCUGGAUCUGCCCUGGCUGUAAUAAACCUGAUGAUGGCAGUCCUAUGAUCGGCUGUGAUGAGUGCGAUGACUGGUACCACUGGCUCUGUGUAGGAAUCAUAGCGGCUCCUCCAGAGGAUCAGUCCUGGUUCUGUGUGAAGUGUUCUGGCAAGAAAAAAGACAAAAAAACAAAAAAGAGGAAACGUAAAGCGCACUGAUCAUCUUCGUCUCUCUCUCUCUCUCUCUCUCUCUCUCUCUCUCUCUCAUUCUUUCUCCUUGCCUUUCUGCUGAUGCGCACUCUUCUCUCUUCCUGCUGUGGUUUCAAUUUGAACUUUUUUUUUUCUCCCCCUCUCUUCCUUUUAAUCCGAGUCUAUGUAGUCAUUUAUGUAUUUUUUAAAAUGAAAUUUUCAAAAGUCUAUAUGUUAAUUUUUUAUGUCAAUCACCCUAUGAUAUGUGUAUAUGAUCUUUGUACGAAAGCCAACAAUUGUUCAGUAAGUGUGUGUGUAUAAGUGAGUGCGCGCGCGCGCGCAUCAAGAUUAUAAACCCUUAACCGGGUUUUUUCAGCCGUGCACUGACCCAUCGGGAUCACAUCGCUGAAAAGAGAAAAAGAAAAGAAAAAAAAAACACGCCUGUACAUUAGUCAGCCUUUUUAAAUAUUGUUCUGAUUUAUUUAGACUGGAAGUGCAGUUUCCUUUUAUUAUGGAUUCGAUUAAAAGCUGUUUUUUCCACA